AUGAUGCCUAGCACCGUAAGCCGAAAUUACCUACUAUGCUUUGGGAUCUAUGCAAUCGCAGCGGCACACAUCGAUCGCGAGGCUGUGGUCCGGUCGUACAACCCCAUUCGUUACGCAUCGUCGAACAGCACGCCGCUACAGGUCGGGAAUGGCAACUUCGCUUUCGGCGCAGAUGUCACUGGACUUCAGACUUUCGAGCCAUUCAACACGCUAUCUUCAUGGUGCUGGCAUAACUCAAGCUUGCCAACCACUGUGAAUCAAACUACACCUUCCGACUUUACCGGGUUGGACUGGUGGACUCACGGGAGACUUGUCAAUUACGAUCAGCCAAAUCCAGCUGAAAGCGACAUCAGUCAAUGGAUGAUAUCGAAUCCCCAGCGGGUCAAUUUUGGCCGUAUUGGCCUCUGGUUUGGAGGUGUCAUUGUGAACGAGAGUGGAUUGACUGAGAAGCUUCAAACACUGGAUCUCUACACAGGCAUCAUCACUUCAUCAUUCAAAUGGAACAACGAAAGGGUAGAGAUCUUGACAGCUGCAGACCCGGACUCCAGCACAGUCUCCAUCGAGCUUACAAGUAACCAUAUCGCCAAAGGGCUAUUAGGAGUGUUCUUUGACUAUCCAUACAUGACGGACACGAACAAGUUUGAGGACCCCUUCGUGGGGAACUGGACAUCUGCCUCCUCCCACAAGACCAAUAUUGUAUCUCAGACAGCAAGUCAAGCCUGCAUCAGGCACGACGAUGAUAUGACAUCCUACCUCACUACCAUCGCAUGGUCGACUUCUGGUAUAUUUUACCGCAAGGACCCGGAAGAACACAGAUACAUACUACGACCUCGCGGAGCUGAGAAAGUCUCGCUAACGGUGAGCUAUCACGCUCAGGAAGAUGAUCGAAAAGGCAUCACCAACCCGUCUGCUGGAAGCACUGGCUGGCAAAGCAAGGACACUCAAGGUGUGAUGUCUUCCUCAAAAUCAUGGUGGCAGCGCUUCUGGCAGCAAGGAGCGUUCGUCGACUUGACUCGUUCGCAUAACACGUCCGCACAUGAGCUACAAAGACGAGUCAUCUUGUCGCAAUACUUGUUAGCCGUGAACUCUGCAGGCUACGAUCCUCCCCAAGAGUCUGGUCUGGUCAACAACGGCUGGUACGGUAAAUUCCAUGCGGAAAUGUUUCUAUGGAAUAUUGGUCAUUGGGCUCGAUGGGGUCGACGAGAGCUCCUCGAUCGUGCUGUGCCUGGAGUGUACGAACGGUUUCUGGACUCCAGUAUCGAGCGGGCUGGUGGACAAGGUUACAGAGGUGCUCGCUGGGGAAAGAUGCUUGAUCCGUCGGGUCGCAGUGCGCCUGGUGAGAUUAACAGCCUGUUGAUCUGGCAGCAGCCUCACGCUUUACACUUCGCCGAGUACGAAUGGAGGGAUAGCCCCACUGUUGCCACACUGCAGAAAUGGAACAACGUGCUAUUCCAGACAGCAGAGUUCAUGGCCGAUUAUGCGUACUGGAAUCAGAGCACUUCUCGCUUCGACCUAGGACCUCCGAUAUAUCCUGUCAGCGAGAACACCAACCCGAACAUGACAAUCAAUGCUGCUUUUGAACUAGCAUACUGGCGGUUCGGCUUAGGCGUGGCCAUCGAAUGGCAGAAGCGUCAAUCGAAGCCCGUCCCUGAUCACUGGGAACGAGUAUAUUCCAAUCUCGCCCCACUGCCAGUCUCGGAUGACACAUACGUGAUCUACGAAGGCAUUCCUGAUAUGUGGAAUAACAGCACCUACACAGAAGACCAUCCAAGCAUGCUUGGACUUUACGGCUGGCUGCCGCCACAGCAAGGGUUCAAUAUCAGUGUGAUGGAAAACACGUAUCAACAUGUCUUGCACCGAUGGAAUUUGUCCUACAGCUACGGCUGGGACUUUCCAAUGCUGUCGAUGAGCGCGGCACGUCUGGGACACGUAGAUCAAUCGGUGGACUUCCUUCUUGAUGCAGGCUUUGAGUUCGAUGAUGCGGGAUAUCCUAUUGGCGGCGCAAGGGUACCGACGCCUUAUAUGCCAGCUUCUGCAAGCCUCUUGUGGGCGAUGGCUUUCCUAGCAGGUGGUUGGGAUGGUGACAUGGGCUCGAAAUUUCCCGACGAGUGGAAGGUGGAAGUAGAAGGCUUUCAGCCGGCGCUCUGA